AUGGCAAAAUCAGAUGUACUUGGUGAAGAAAAGAAGUGUUUAAAGAAUGAUAUAUUUGGUGAUAGAGAAGGCAAUACAUAUUUUUGUCCUAAUGAUCUAUCGGAGUAUACCGAAUGUUGUGAAAAAGACAGAGAGUUUACAUGUUGUGAAAAAACUGAAGAAAAAAAUGGAUAUGAACAGGGUUUAUUAUGGGGUACGAUUGCUGCUGUGGUGUUACUGAUGGUAUUAGUUUGUUUCUGUAUAAAGAAAGAUGUCAACUGCUGUACUUCAGAUAGAUGGAUUUUCUAUAAAUAUACACCAAGCGGAAAGGAAGAGAAACGUAAACAAUUUGUUGAUAAAAUGGGAAAAGAAAAACAGCAGUCCACAGAUAAUAAUGGUUUUGUUUUUGAUGAAGACUUGAAUAUGUCAGAAAUAUAG